CGCUCGGGGGGCGCGGUGCCGGCGACCCGGGACAGUGCGCCUGCGCCGCCGCCGCCGCCACCGCCGCCGCCGCCGGUCUGUCCGCGCGAGGGGAGCCGCCACCGCCUCGGCCCGGCGCCCACCAUGGCGCAGAUCCUCCCCAUCCGCUUCCAGGAGCACUUCCAGCUCCAAAACCUGGGCAUCAAUCCUGCCAACAUCGGAUUCAGCACGCUGACCAUGGAAUCCGACAAGUUCAUAUGUGUCCGAGAGAAAGUGGGGGAGCAGGCACAGGUGGUGAUCGUUGACAUGCACGAGCCGACGGCGCCGAUCCGGCGGCCCAUCUCGGCAGACAGUGCCAUCAUGAACCCAGCCUCCAAGGUGAUAGCUCUGAAAGCCGGGAAGACGCUUCAGAUCUUUAACAUUGAGAUGAAAAGUAAAAUGAAGGCUCACACCAUGAGCGAAGAGGUGAUCUUCUGGAAGUGGAUCUCCGUGAACACCGUCGCCCUGGUGACCGAGACCGCAGUCUACCACUGGAGCAUGGAAGGGGACUCGCAGCCCACGAAGAUGUUCGACAGGCAUGCCAGCCUGGCGGGCUGCCAGAUGAUCCACUACCGUGCUGACGAGCACCACAAGUGGCUGCUGCUCAUCGGCAUCGCAGCCCAGCAAAACCGUGUGGUUGGGGCAAUGCAGCUCUAUUCUGUGGACAGGAAAGUCUCUCAACCCAUAGAAGGCCACGCCGCUGCUUUCGCAGAGUUCAAGAUUGAGGGCAAUGCCAAGCCUGCCACCCUUUUCUGCUUUGCUGUUCGCAGUCCUGCAGGAGGCAAGUUGCACAUAAUUGAAGUGGGACAGCCAGCGGCAGGAAACCAGCCUUUCGUGAAGAAAGCCGUGGAUGUGUUUUUCCCUCCGGAGGCACAGACUGAUUUCCCUGUGGCUAUGCAGAUUGGAGCUAAACACGGUGUCAUCUACUUGAUCACGAAGGCUGGCUAUCUUCACUUGUAUGACCUGGAGUCUGGCGUGUGCAUCUACAUGAACCGCAUCAGUGCUGACACGAUCUUUGUCACUGCUCCGCAUGAGCCGACCUCCGGAAUUAUCGGUGUUAAUAAAAAGGGACAGGUGCUGUCGGUGUGUGUCGAGGAGGAGAACAUUGUGAAUUAUGCAACCAGUGUGCUUCAGAAUCCGGACCUGGGUCUGCGUUUAGCUGUUCGUAGUAACCUGGCCGGGGCAGAGGAGCUGUUUGUGAGGAAGUUCAGUGCCCUGUUUGCACAGGGAAGCUAUGCUGAAGCCGCCCGUGUCGCCGCAUCUGCACCAAAGGGAAUUCUGCGUACCAGCGACACGGUGCGCAAGUUCCAGAGUAUUCCCGCCCAGCCCGGGCAGGCCUCUCCGCUGCUCCAGUACUUCGGAAUCCUGCUUGACCAGGGUCAGCUCAACAAACUGGAAUCCUUAGAACUCUGCCGCCCAGUUCUUCAGCAGGGACGCAAGCAGCUCCUGGAGAAGUGGCUGAAAGAAGAUAAGCUGGAAUGCUCAGAAGAGCUCGGAGACUUGGUCAAAGCCGCUGACCCCACGCUUGCCCUGAGUGUGUACCUUCGGGCAAAUGUGCCAAGCAAAGUCAUCCAGUGCUUUGCUGAAACAGGCCAAUUCCAGAAAAUUGUGCUCUAUGCUAAAAAGGUCGGGUAUAGCCCAGACUGGAUGUUUCUGCUGCGGAGCGUGAUGAGGGUCAGCCCAGAGCAGGGGCUGCAGUUUGCCCAGAUGCUCGUGCAAGACGCGGAGCCGUUGGCCAACAUGAACCAGAUUGUGGACAUUUUCAUGGAAAACAGCUUAAUUCAGCAGUGUACUUCCUUCUUGCUGGAUGCCUUGAAGAACAAUCAGCCAGCUGAGGGGCAUCUGCAGACGCGGCUGUUGGAGAUGAACCUGAUUCACGCACCCCAGGUUGCAGAUGCCAUCCUUGGAAAUCAGAUGUUUACGCAUUAUGAUCGGGCCCACAUUGGCCAGCUGUGUGAGAAGGCAGGCCUCCUGCAGCGGGCUCUGGAGCACUACACCGACCUCUAUGACAUCAAGAGGGCCGUGGUCCACACCCAUCUUCUCAAUCCAGAGUGGCUCGUCAACUUCUUUGGCUCCCUGUCUGUGGAGGAUUCCUUGGAGUGUCUGCGGGCCAUGCUGUCUGCAAACAUCAGACAGAACCUUCAGCUGUGCGUGCAGGUGGCCUCUAAGUACCACGAGCAGCUGGGCACGCAGGCCCUGGUGGAGCUCUUUGAAUCCUUCAAGAGUUACGAAGGCCUCUUCUACUUCCUGGGCUCGAUCGUGAACUUCAGCCAAGACCCAGACGUGCAUCUGAAAUACAUCCAGGCUGCCUGUAAGACGGGGCAGAUCAAGGAGGUGGAGAGGAUCUGCCGAGAGAGCAGCUGCUACAACCCGGAGCGGGUGAAGAACUUCCUGAAGGAGGCCAAGCUCACUGACCAGCUCCCCCUAAUCAUCGUGUGCGACCGCUUUGACUUUGUGCACGACCUGGUGCUGUACCUGUACCGCAACAACCUGCAGAAGUACAUUGAGAUCUACGUGCAGAAGGUCAACCCCAGCCGGAUCCCAGCCGUGGUUGGAGGGUUGCUGGACGUGGACUGCUCUGAGGAUGUCAUUAAGAACCUAAUCAUGGCAGUGAGGGGGCAGUUCUCCACCGAUGAGCUGGUGGCCGAAGUGGAGAAGAGGAACAGGCUCAAGUUGCUACUUCCCUGGCUGGAGUCCCGGAUCCAGGAGGGCUGUGAAGAGCCUGCCACCCACAACGCCCUGGCCAAAAUCUACAUCGACAGCAACAACAGCCCCGAACGCUUCUUGAGAGAGAACGCCUUCUAUGAUAGCAGCGUGGUGGGCCGCUACUGCGAGAAGCGGGACCCCCAUCUGGCCUGCGUGGCCUACGAACGGGGCCAGUGUGACCUUGACCUCAUCAAGGUUUGCAAUGAGAAUUCUCUGUUCAAAAGUGAGGCCCGCUAUCUGGUGCGCCGCAAGGACCCAGAACUCUGGGCUCACGUCCUGGAAGAGACCAACCCAUCUAGGAGACAGCUGAUCGACCAGGUGGUACAGACAGCCUUGUCAGAGACACAGGAUCCUGAGGAGGUCUCCGUCACUGUCAAGGCUUUUAUGACAGCCGACCUGCCCAAUGAGCUGAUCGAGCUGCUGGAGAAGAUUGUUCUGGACAACUCCAUCUUCAGUGAGCACAGGAACCUCCAGAACCUACUGAUCCUGACCGCCGUCAAGGCGGACCGCACGCGGGUCAUGGACUAUAUCAGUCGCCUGGACAACUACGACGCCCCAGACAUUGCCAGCAUCGCUGUGAGCAGUGGGCUCUACGAAGAGGCCUUCGCUAUCUUCCGCAAGUUUGACGUGAAUGCCUCCGCCAUCCAGGUCCUGAUCGAGCAUAUUGGCAACCUGGACCGCGCGUAUGAGUUUGCAGAGAAGUGCAAUGAGCCUGCCGUGUGGAGUCAGCUGGCCCGUGCCCAGCUCCACAAAGAACUGGUGAAGGAAGCUAUUGACUCCUUUAUCCGAGCAGAUGACCCUUCUUCCUACCUGGAGGUCGUCCAGGCAGCCAGCAGGAGCAACAACUGGGAAGAUCUAGUUAAAUUCCUGCAGAUGGCCAGGAAGAGGAGCCAUGAGUCGUAUGUAGAGACGGAGCUUAUUUUUGCCUUGGCUAAAACCAGCCGUCUGUCUGAGCUAGAAGAUUGUGUUAAUGGACCCAACAAUGCCAACAUCCAGCAGGUGGGAGACCGCUGUUACAAGGAGGGGAUGUAUGAGGCUGCCAAGCUGCUGUAUAGCAGUGUUUCUAACUUUGCCUGCCUGGCUUCCACCUUGGUCCACCUUGGUGAGUAUCAGGCCGCAGUGGACAGCAGCCGCAAGGCCAACAGCACCCGGACGUGGAAGGAGGUGUGCUUUGCCUGCGUGGACGGACAGGAAUUCCGUCUUGCACAGCUGUGUGGGCUGCACAUCGUCAUUCAUGCAGACGAGCUGGAGGACCUGAUACAAUAUUACCAGGAUCGCGGCUACUUUGAGGAGCUCAUCUCCCUGCUGGAGGCAGCUCUGGGCCUGGAGCGGGCCCACAUGGGCAUGUUCACGGAGCUGGCCAUCCUCUACUCCAAGUUCAAGCCGCAGAAGAUGCCAGAACACCUGGAGCUCUUCUGGUCCCGCGUCAACAUCCCCAAGGUGCUGAGGGCCGCGGAACAGGCGCACCUCUGGGCAGAGCUGGUGUUCCUGUACGACAAGUACGAAGAGUACGACAACGCCGUGCUCACCAUGAUCAGUCACCCCACAGAGGCCUGGAAAGAAGGUCAGUUCAAGGACGUCAUUGCCAAGGUGGCCAACGUGGAGCUGUACUACAAAGCCCUGCAGUUCUACUUGGAUUAUAAGCCCCUGCUCAUCAAUGACCUGCUGGUGGUGCUGUCGCCCCGGCUGGACCACACCCGCACCGUGGGUUUCUUUGCAAAGGUGGGCCAGUUGCCCCUGGUGAAGCCCUACCUGCGGUCAGUGCAGAGCCACAACAACAAGAGCGUGAAUGAGGCGCUCAACCAGCUGCUGACUGACGAGGAGGACUAUCAGGGCUUGAGGGCCUCUAUUGAUGCUUAUGACAACUUCGACAACAUUGGCCUGGCCCAGCGGCUGGAGAAGCACCAGCUGAUCGAGUUCCGGCGCAUCGCUGCCUGUCUGUACAAGGGCAGCAACCGCUGGGCCCAGAGCGUGGAGCUCUGCAAGAAGGACCACCUCUACAAGGACGCCAUGCAGCACGCGGCGGAGUCGCGGGACGCCGAGCUGGCCACAAAGCUGCUGCAGUGGUUCCUGGAGGAGGGCAGGCGGGAGUGCUUUGCAGCCUCCCUCUUCACCUGCUACGACCUGCUGCACCCGGACGUGGUGCUCGAGCUGGCCUGGAGGCACAACCUCAUGGACUUCGCCAUGCCCUACUUCAUCCAGGUGAUGAGGGAGUACCUGAGCAAGGUGGACAAACUGGAUGCCUGGGACAGUCUGCGCAAGCAAGAGGAGCGCAUGGUGGAGCCCGCCCCGCUUGUGCUGGAUUUUGAUGGGCAUGAAUGAGACCCAGCUGAUUGAGCUAUGCCAGCAGCUGAUGCUGACGGCAGGCCCCGCGGCCUCUCCUGCCCCCGCCAGCUUCCCCUAUGGAUACGCUGCCGCUCCUGCCUUCUCCCAGCCUCCCGUGUAUGGCUUCAGUGUGUAGCCAGUCGCACGUCGUUAACCUCUUCCAGGAGUGUCGCUUGGAAGCACAGAGGACCCUGAUGGGGGGCAAGGACACCUGGACAUUAUUUAUUUUUGUUGAGGCGCAUCCGGGAACCCAGGGGAGGCCAGGGCAGACUCCUGAGCGGCAGGCCAGCCAGCCCCGAGGCUCCGGACCUCUGCCUGCAGGCCCUCUGGCUGGAGCCCGGCACCCCCAGGGAGCUUCCUGGAGGCUAAGGGCGAGUCGCCCCCUUCACCGCCCCCUGCAGGCCGCUGUGCAGACCCACAUGGACACUCGGGUGGAGAUCGCAGGCCUCGCCACAGGGCUCUGGGCCUCCUGCCCGUCAAGAAUAUUAAAGCCGCUUUAUCAAGGCAAAA